AUGGAAUGCGCCAACCAGGAACUUGAGUACCCACAGAAGCUGCUGAAUUACAUGAACGGGUUUCUGAUAUCCAAGACAAUGUUUGCUGCCUGUGAAUUGGGAGUGUUUGAUGUCCUUCAGGAGGGUGCUGGUCCACUCUCCUCCAGUGCUGUUGCGGAGUGCCUUGGUACCAGUGCUGACGGCAUGGAAAGACUACUCUCUGCAUGCGUUGGACUGCAGCUGCUCGAGGUCAGGGAGCAUCAAGGUGAAGCCUUGUACAGUAAUACAGAUUUAUCCAGAGUCUACCUGACCAAGACAAGUCCCAAGACAUUGCAUCAUUCAAUUGCAUACUACUCACAAACCAUCUACCAUUGUUUUUCCUAUGUGACUGAUGCCAUCAGGGAAGGGAAAAGCCAAUAUUUGCGGGCAUUUGGUGUUUCAUCUGAUGAAAUCUUUGAAGCUAUCUACAAGUCUGAGGAGGAAAUGCUGAGAUUUAUGCAGCUGAUGAACUCGACGUGGAACAUCUGUGGAAAGGACGUGGUCACAGCCUUUGAUCUGUCGGCUUUUACAAACAUCUUCGAUCUUGGAGGAUGCAGUGGUGCAAUAGCGAAGGAAUGUGUCUCUGCAUAUCCACAUUCACGAGUAACUAUCUACGAUCUCCCCAAAGUUCUGGAGAUGGCAAGAAAACACUUUGUGCCCCAAGAUGAAAAGCGGAUUCUAUUUCAUGAAGGAGACUUCUUCAAAGAUCCCAUCCCUGAAGCGGACCUCUACAUUCUGGCUAGAAUAGUUCAUGACUGGUCUCAGGAUAAAUGCGUGGAACUGCUCACCAAAGUCCACAAAGCUUGUAAACCAGGUGGCGGAGUACUCCUGAUUGAAGCCUUAUUGAAUGAAGAUCGAAGAGGCCCCCUCACCGCUCAGCUGUACUCUCUCAAUAUGCUAGUACAGACAGAGGGCAAGGAACGAAUGGCCUCAGAGUAUGCCAACCUACUGGAGCUGGCCGGAUUCACGGAUGUGCAAGUCCAGAGGACGGGGAAAAUUUACGAUGCCAUUUUGGGCAGAAAAUGAGCUGCCGUCUAUUGACCAAGCUUCCUCGACAUAUUUAUUUACUUUAGUUUUGGGGACACAGCAUGGAAACAGGCACUCCAGCCCACCGACGAUAGAUAACUCAGUGGGUCGGGCAGCAUAGCUGUAGAGAUAUUUCAGGUCGAGAC